UGGCUUAAAGGGCUUCGUUGUUUGGGAUACGAAGAAACUGUUGAUCAGUGUCGUCAUGGUGGCUGGGGUAACACCGGUGGAUGUGAUCACAGCCGCGAUGCUGGAGUGGUAUGUGGCAAUCUAACACCAGAGGAGAAAGCUAUCAAAGUUCGUUUGGUGGGAAAUCAAAAUCAUACUGGCAAAGUAGAAAUCAAGUAUCAAGGGACCUGGGGAGUAGUGUGUGAUUAUUGGUGGARUUGGUGGGAUAUACGAGAUGCUCACGUGAUCUGCAGAAUGCUUGGUUACAAAGCAUCUGAACACGCAAUUUGGAAUAUUGAAUGAGAGACACCAAGAAGAGGGCUCAUGUAUGAUGUGGGAUGCAGAGGUAGAGAAAAGUCGAUARCAGAGUGUGCUCACCGUGGAUGGUGGAAUAUUUAUUCAGGGUGCUCGAAUAAAGAUCUUGCUGGUGUGGUUUGCCAGACAAACGAAGAUCCUUCACCAGUUCAAGUUCGUUUAGCUGGAGGAAGAUCAGACAAUUCUGGUCUACUUGAAGUCAGGUACCAUGGUCAGUGGGGUACUGUAUGUGAUGAUGGAUGGGACAUAAAAGACGCUGAGGUGGUCAAUGUUCGUCUAGUGGACGGUAAGACUACUAAUGAGGGACGUGUAGAAGUAAGAUAUAAAGGUACUUGAGGAACCAUAUGCAAUGAUGAAUGGGGCAUAUGGGAUGCUUCCGUGGUGUGUCACAAGUUGAACUACUCCAAGGCAGUUACAGCAACUACUUCUAGCGUCAAAGGAAUUGGUCCUACAUGGCUUAAAGGGCUUCGUUGCUUGGGAUACGAAAAAACUGUUGAUCAGUGUCUUCAUGGUGGCUGGGGUAACACUGGUGGAUGUGAUCACAGCCGUGAUGCUGGAGUGGUAUGUGGCAAUCUAACACCAGCGAUGGCGCACCUUAUACUUUUACUGUGUGCUGUGUUCUUGUUGGUUAAGGAAGCAAAGCCCAAGGUAGCUGUUCGUCUAGUGGAUGGAAAAAGUCCUAACGAGGGACGUGUUGAAGUAAGAUACAAAGGUACUUGGGGUACAAUAUGCAAUAGUUACUGGGACAUAAAGGAUGCUUACGUGGUGUGUCACAUGUUGAAUUACUCCAAGGCAGUAACAGCAACGACUGCUAGCGUCAAAGGGACUGGUCCUAUAUGGCUUAAAGGGCUUGGUUGCUGGGGAUCCCAAGAAUCUAUUGAUCAGUGUCCUCAUGCUGGCUGGGGUAACACUGGUGGAUGUGAUCACAGUCGUGAUGCUGGAGUGGUAUGUGGCAAUGCAAUAAACGUCAAUGUUCCUCUAGUGGAUGGUAAGACUACUAACGAGGGACGUGUAGAAGUAAGAUACAAAGGUACUUGGGGAACCAUAUGCAAUAGUUACUGGGACAUAUUGGAUGCUUACGUGGUGUGUCACAUGUUGAAYUACUCCAAGGCAGUUACAGCAACGACUUCUAGCGUCAAAGGAACUGGUCCUAGGUACGGUACGUGCAGAUUGCUAGACUUCUUCUUGGAGUCCAAAACCCGAACUUCUAAAGUCGAAAGAACUUGUUUUGAAUUACCCGCCGUCGACAUUUUCUGCCANAAGACUCCUAACGAGGGACGUGUUGAAGUAAGAUACAAAGGUACUUGGGGUACAAUAUGCAAUAGUUACUGGGACAUAAAGGAUGCUUACGUGGUGUGUCAAAUGUUGAAUUACUCCAAGGCAGUUACAGCAACGACUGCUAGCGUCAAGGGGACUGGUCCUAUAUGGCUUAAAGCGCUUCUUUGUUCCGGAUCCCAAGAAUCUAUUGAUCAGUGUGGUCAUGAUGGCUGGGGUAACACUGGUGGAUGUGAUCACAGUCGUGAUGCUGGAGUGGUAUGUAGCAAUGCAAUAACCGUCAAUGUUCGUCUAGUGGAUGGUAAGACUCCUAAUGAGGGACGUGUAGAAGUAAGAUACAAAGGUACUUGGGGUACCAUAUGCAAUAAAGAAUGGAACAUAUGGGAUGCUUACGUGGUGUGUCACAAGUUGAACUACUCCAAGGCAGUUACAGCAAUUACUUCUAGCGUCAAAGGAACUGGUCCUAUAUGGCUUAAAGGGCUUCGUUGCCUGGGAUUCGAAGAAACUGUUGACCAGUGUCGUCUUGGUGGCUGGGGUAACACUGGUGGAUGCGAUCACAGCCGUGAUGCUGGAGUGGUAUGUGGCAAUCUAACACCAGAGGAGAAAGCGAUCAAAGUUCGUCUGGUGGGAGAUCAAAACCAUACUGGUAAAGUAGAAAUCCAGUAUCAAGGGACCUGGGGAGUAGUGUGUGAUCCUUGGAAGUAUGGGUGGUGGGAUAUACGAGAUGCUCACGUGAUCUGCCGAAUGCUUGGAUACAAAGCACCUGAACACGCAAUUCGCUUCAUUGAAUAUCCUCCACCAGUUCAAGUUCGUUUAGCUGGAGGAAGGUCAGACAAUUCUGGUCGACUUGAAAUCAGGUACCAUGAAGCAAAGUCCAAGGUAGCUGUUCGUCUAGUGGAUGGUAAGACUCCUAACGAGGGACGUGUUGAAGUAAGAUACAAAGGUACUUGGGGUACAAUAUGCAAUAGUUACUGGGACAUAUACGCUGCUUACGUGGUGUGUCACAUGUUGAAUUACUCCAAGGCAGUUACAGCAACAACUGCUAGAGUCAAAGGAACUGGUUCUAUAUGGCUUAAAUUAAGAGGUGGUGGUUGCUAUGGACACGAAAAAUCUAUCGAUCAGUGUCUUCAUGCUGGCUGGGGUAACACUGGUGGAUGUGAUCACAGCCGUGAUGCUGGAGUGGUAUGUGGCAAUUAUCUAACACCAGCUAGCACGUUCCUUUUUGUUAAAGAAAAAAAGUCCAAGGUAGCUGUUCGUCUAGUGGAUGGUAAGACUCCUAAAGAGGGACGUGUAGAAGUAAGAUACAAAGGUACUUGGGGAACCAUAUGCAAUGAUGCAUGGGACAUAUACGCUGCUUACGUGGUGUGUCACAUGUUGAAUUACUCCAAGGCAGUAAUAGCAACAACUGCUAGCGUCAAAGGAACUGGUCCUAUAUGGCUUAAAUUAAGAGGUAGUGGUUGCUAUGGAUCCGAAGAAUCUAUUGAUCAGUGUCUUCAUGCUGGCUGGGGUAACACUGGUGGAUGUGAUCACAGCCGUGAUGCUGGAGUGGUAUGUGGCAAUCUAACACCAGAGAAGAAAGCGAUCAAAGUUCGUCUGGUUGGAGAUCAAAACCAUACUGGCAAAGUAGAAAUACUGUAUCAAGGGACCUGGGGAGUAGUAUGUCAUAAUUGGUGGGAUAUACGAGAUGCUCACGUGGUCUGCCGAAAACUUGGUUACAAAGCAGCUGAACACGCAAUUCAGUCCAUUGAAGAAGAGACACCAAGAACAAUACUCAUGGAUGAUGUGGAAUGCAGUGGUAGAGAAAAGUCGAUAGCAGAGUGUUCUCACAGUGGAUGGCGGAUUGUCUCUUCAUAUUGCACGAAUAAAGAUCUUGCUGGUGUGGUUUGUCAGACAAAUGAAGAUCCUUCACCAGUUCAAGUUCGCUUAGCUGGAGGAAGGUCAGACAAUUCUGGUCGACUUGAAGUCAGGUACCAUGGUCAGUGGGGUACUGUAUGUGAUGAUGGAUUGGACAUGAAAGACGCUGAGGUGGUGUGUCGAAUGCUUGGUUACCCUGGAGUACAGGAAUACAUAACCACCAAGUUUACACCCGUCAAGGGUAUAAUAUGGCUGAGAUACGUCGAUUGUACAGGAAGAGAAACGUCGAUUACAGACUGCAGUAUCAAUGGAUGGGGAAAUACGAUCUGCUACCAUAGUGAAGACGUUGGUGUGACGUGUAAGAUGGGUGCAGUUAGAAGGACAACACAAGAACCUACAACUACUAAACCAUUGCUGACCAAACCACUGACCAGCAGCGUCACUGAGAGGCCAACAACAAUUAAGAAACAAGCACCUACAACUACUAAACCAUUGCUGACCAAACCACCGACCAGCAGCGUCACUGAGAGGCCAACAACAAUUAAGAAACAGGCACCUUCAACUACUAAACCGUUGCUGAGCAAACCACUGACCAGCAGCGUCACUGAGAGGCCAACAACAAAUAAAAAACAGGCACCUACAACUACUAAACCAUUGCUGACCAAACCACUCAGCGUCACUGAGAGGCCAACAUCAAAUAAGAAACAG